AUGUCUGUGUUUUUCCUAAAUUCAAAUCAAGAUAGUGAAAUAGAGGGCGAUUCAAAUGGAGACUUGCAAAUUGCAUCGCCGGGCAAUUCUGAGGCACAACAAGCUUUGUCUAACUUUUGGCCAAAAGUUAUGGAAGAAAUAAAAAAUAUUACAACUAUGGAUCUUAAAACACAAUCUUUACCAUUGGCAAGGAUAAAGAAGAUUAUGAAAUUGGAUGGAGAUGUAAAGAUGAUAAGUGCAGAAGCUCCCAUGCUUUUUGCUAAAGCAGCAGAGAUUUUUAUACAUGAACUGACUCUCAGAGCAUGGGUGCAUACAGAAGACAAUAAAAGAAGAACUCUCCAAAGGAACGACAUUGCAAUGGCAGUUACGAAAUAUGAUCAGUUUGAUUUUCUCAUAGAUAUAGUACCUAGAGACGAAAUAAAACAAAGCAAAGCACAGAAUGAGGCCACUGUACGCACGUCUAUGAAUUCUGAUCAGGUCCAUUAUUAUUUUCAAUUGGCGCAACAACAAGCUUCAGCGAAUCAGGGUGUACAGAGCAGUGGUGGUACUACGCAACCUAUACAGAUUGUCCAACCUUCUAGUGGACAAAUUCAGACUAUUAAUAUUGGCAGUCCGGUAGAACAGGAGACCACUAACACAAAUACAGCCCAAACAGUUACAGUUCAAAAUCCACAGCAGUCAUCUGGUCAACAAAUUAUACAAUUGCAGCAAACGCAACAAACACCCACGACCCAAACUGGUGGGAUACAAAUCGUACAGCAAAUUGUCACUCCUAGUGGCGAAAUUCAACAAAUACCUAUUCAGUUGACUCCCCAGCAACUGCAGAUGAUUCGUAUGCAAGUACAAGGUGGAAGCAAUCAGCCAAUUAUCAUUCAAACAGCUCCCAUUCAGACUCAACCACAAUUGAUACAAGUUGCACAAGGUGCCCAAGCUCCAGUUUUCUUACAAACUUCCAGCGCUGAUACCGAAUAACAUUAAUAUUUUAGGUAUAUAUUAUAAAUAAUAUAAUAUAAUGACAAAAAUAUGAAAGAUCAAAAAAUAUAUAUAUAAUACAUUGUUCUAUAAUUAGAAUUACCCGACAAUUAAUUAAUGUUUAGAAUAUAUAUAUAGGUAUGUAUAUGUAUAUAUAAAUAAUUAGAAUAUAUGUACACAACACACAUGUCUUUUUUCUUUUCGUUUAUAAGCAACUAAUUUUUCGGAUAAUUAGAACAAUUUUAGAAUAGUCAUGGAA